CAAAACUAAAAUUUUUUGCUUUCGGUUUUAAUGAUACUCCAACAGAUGGAGUUCGUCAGCCCUGAAGGUCUUCGUCUAGAUGGCUGCCGUCCCAUGGAAAUGAGGCAAAUUCGAGCAGAGAUGGGUGUUGUAGCCAAAGCUGACGGUUCUGCUAUGUUUGAGAUGGGUAGCACCAAAGUUGUUGCUGCUGUGUAUGGCCCUAGAGAGGUUCAAAAUAGGAGCCAACAACUGAAUGCUAAUGCACUGGUGCAAUGUGAAUACACCAUGGCAAAUUUUAGUACUGGAGAUCGGAUGAGAAAACCAAAGGGUGAUAAGUCGAGAUCCACAGAAAUAUCUCUAGUUAUUCGCCAAACCAUGGAAGAAUGCAUUUUGACAAACUUAAUGCCGCGGUCUCAGAUAGACAUUUUUGUGCAACUUCUCCGAGCAUGAUGAUCAUUUUUUCCCCAAAGGACA